AUGGACAGUAUACGUAGAUUCAACUUAGCUGCAAUCCGGUUUUAUCACGAGUGGGAUAUGUCUGGUAUUGUUGCUACAACUGAUGUUGUUGAGGCAUGCACUGGAGUCAAUAUUGCUGUCAUGGUUGGUGGGUUCCCUAGGAAAGAAGGUAUGGAAAGAAAAGACGUGAUGUCAAAAAAUGUUGCCAUUUACAAUUCUCAAGCUUCCGCUCUGGAGAAGUAUGCUGCUGCAAACUGCAAGGUUUUGGUUGUUGCUAACCCUGCCAACACCAAUGCAUUGAUCCUGAAGGAAUUUGCACCAUCAAUAUCUGAGAAAAACAUUACUUGUUUGACGAGGUUGGACCAUAACAGGGCCCUUGGUCAAGUCUCAGAGAGAUUGAGUGUUCCAGUAUCUGAAAAACAUUUCAUGUUCGUUUUUUGAAAAUGGUUUGCUACC